AUUGGUGCAAACAGGAACAAGGAAGUAAAGGUGCUUUGGAAGGAGCAGGAGAGAGUUACAGUCUCCAUCGACAAGGAGUAGAAGCCAAGGAAGGCAUUCUUACAACAGUUCUAUUGGAACAUUUGAGAGAACGCUGUGGACAUCCGAAUAUGGGGUCUCAAGGCAAAGACUUUGGCCAAGAACUAAGCAAUCAGAUCAACGAUGCCCUGAGCAGACUGGCGUCCAAGGAGAUGUUCCAGUCCGACUGGGAUAUUGCAGCCUUUGCCAUUUUCUUUAUUUUCAUCGGAGCAGUUCUCUCUUUGGUCCUCCUUGUUCUGAUCCGCUGCCUCUGCUGCUGCUGCUGUGAUUGUGAGCACUCUGGAUCAUACCACAAGGCUGCCAGAAAAGUUGGCAUCGAUAACCAGGGCAUGGAGCCUUAAAGAGAAGCCAUGACUGAUCACAUAACCGACAGGAAAGAAACAUGGCUGCUCACCUGGGUUCUUCCUGCUGUGCUGGAACUGUUUCUGAACUGGAUUUCACUCCUCACACCAGCUGGAGUGUACAACUUGAGGGCCUCCAGAGCCUAGAGGACUUAUCUUCCAAAUUGUGCCAGGCUUCACCUGAACACAUGCUGUUCUCAGUUGUAUUAAACGCAGGGAGAAACAGAGGAACUACUCUGUAGAGAGCUUUCCUGUGCCUCACCAGGGCUGCCCCUGGCUUCUAGUGGCUGCUGCUGAGACUGGUCCUUUCCAAAUGGUCUAUGUAUUGCAAAGUUUUAUUACAGCCUUCUUUGAAGGAG